AUGAUGCACUCGCCUCAGCUCAACUCUUCGCGAUUCAUUUUUUGUGUCCUGUUGGCUUUUGUCUAUCCAAAGUACGUGAUUCCCGGGUUUCAAGAGGCAAUUACGACUGACCUCAAAGCCCUUGGGCAAGUCACGGCCAUCCCGGGAACUCCCUCAUCCACCAGCGAACUAAGAAAUGUGGCUCACCCAACCUACGUUCCCCACUUCAAUGAUCAUCGAGCUUACCUACUACAGCCUUCUUUGUGGCUGACGACUGGCUACUACGGGUACAUAUAUCCGGGAGAUUCAUCAAAUCAUCACUCGGCCAAAACUUCAUCCCUCCCAUCUAACCCCAUGAUGCCGGUUCCACCCAGGAUCUCUGAUGGAAGUCGCGGCAAUAGCAGGAGGAUUCUAACAAAUGGAAAGUUUUUCGACACCCGCAGUGGCCCGUCGAAAGAUUCUUCAAGUAUGACAAGCGUUGGAUCUCAAAUGAUCAUUGGACACCAGGCAUCAACGCAGAAAUCGUUUGAUCCUGAGCUGACACAAAGAAUGCUUAACUGUGAGCCGUUUACACCAGGACCAAGGCAAAUAAAGUCUCAAAAAGAGGGAAAGGACUUUCAAGUCCGCACUCGUAUUCAGAACCAAGCCGAUAUCGAAACAAAUCCCAAUGGCAUCGAUCUGCAUCUUCAUCCGGUUAGAACAUCGGGAAACCCUUUAGGAUAUCAAGCUGAUCAAUCCAGGGACCCAGUGGAUGAGCUCGCAAAGCACAGCGCCUCGAAAGUCCCUUGUAGAACAAAGGAAAGCACCGGGAUCCUAUCAUCAUCAAAUGAUUACCUCGAGACGAAUCCUGACGACUUGAUGAACGUUAAGAAUUUCAUCAAAACAUUUGGUUGUGUUAUCCCCUCUGCAGUGGUUGACGACAAGCGGCCUGGAUCCAAUGGGCCCCAUGGCUCCGAUGAAUUUCUCCAGGAAAAUUCCAAGGUCGGCAAGUUCAACGACAACGCAGAGCUAGAUGAAGCUCCUACCUCAAGUCACACGGACCCAUUAAGUUCACCGGUAUCCAAUGUUAUUUCAAAGCAAAGCCCUCGUGUCGAACCUCCGGAUGAUCCAAAUUGGAUAGUAAAAAACCCAGAACAGGCUCAGCCGCCAGAAAAACCUGAAAGUCUUCCCUCGCGCGGGCAUGAGAUUGAAUAUCCGAGACUGACAUCCACGUCUGAAGAAAGUAAUGCAGCUCAACGGGGGAAAUCUAGUCAUCUAAGCCAAGAAGGAAGCAAUACUGAGGGAGCAGCUCCAGACUACAAAACAAAGAAAAAGCAAGAAAAUCCACAUGAAAAAUCUGCUCAAACUUUUCCGCUUGCAAAGUCUCAUGGUUCAAGUGAAAAAAUCAAUUCACCCCGAAGCUCUCAGUUUACAGUAUCUUUUACGUCGAAACAGAAAGGAGAUAAAGCAAAGGGAUCACCAAGCCCGAGUCAAAGGCCGUCUCAAUUUCCGGGCCAAACAAAAGUAAAAGGGACAGAUUAUUUGCAACCCUCUCAGAAUAUCUUGGACCAAAAGGACCCCCAAGUUAAAGCAAAAACACUAAGUCUCCUAGGAAUAGAACAACCAAAAAAUACAGAUCCAGCUCCUCAAUCGACAAUCCAGUCAGGGACACCCCGCAACAACAAAAAAUUACACGCUUCUACUGAUCAGCUUUCUCAACAAGCCAAAACAGAGUUCUUCACGAAAACAAAUGACGGGCAUAAACGACACAAGAUAGAAGCGGACGCUAAGGCGUCAAGUAUUAGAUUGACAAAACCUAUUCUAAAGACAGGACGUUUCUCAGUUAGAAAGUCUCUUGAAAACUUAGAAAAGAUCCAAAUUAAAGGUAAACUGAACAUAGGUGACGUUGGGACAGAAGCAAGCACCACAGCUACUAAAAAAUCAUUACUGCCCCAAGACUAUGCCCAAGAGUUCAAACAUCACUCAAAAGCUUCUACAGAUACUGAUACGAUUUUGGCCACAAAUAAUGAACAUCUUUCUAAUUUAUUUGAAUCCCCAUUAUCAACAUUUGCCCAACCCACAAAUUCAAACCCAAAAAUUGGAAUCUUACCCUCACAAGAAAACCAAGUUCAUCAUUCCCCAACUAACUCACAGGAAUCUUUGCAAUUGAAAAUUUCAACUCUGAAAGAGUGUGUUCAAGAUCCCAUCAAAGAUCCUGGAUCAAUUGAAAUUUUGACCAGCCAGGCUAUCAAAACAAUUCAAAAACAGCUUGACCAGCCAACAUCAGGGAGAAAAGAGGAAACACACCCCACCAUCAAAGAAACUGUGAAAGGUUCAUCAAAAUCUGGAGACAACUCUCAACACCCUGGUCGAUUGGAAUGUUACCAUAUCUCAAUACCAAAUCCCAUUCCCACACAAUCCAACCCUUCAUCUAAUACAAAAUUCAAGUCUGUUCCAAUAUCUCAACAUUCAAAUGGAUUUGAUGACCAAAGCCCUACCCAAAUAUCUAGACAGAUUCUCAGUCUCACCCCCAAAAAUAUCAAACCACUGAAUAAGAUCACUCCACAAAUUGAGACACUCAAAGAUACAGGUUUGGAAGCAUCAAGCUGGUCAAUGGCCUCAGGAAAUCACAAGGCACAUGCAAGUAGCAAGCUCUUGCAAUCACCCCCAAGCUUCAUGACUGAUGAUCAAAAUCGGAAAAUAAAUUACAAAGCCAUCAUUUCACUUGAGGCCGCUUUUGGAGAAAGUAUUCAAUCAAAGAAUCCAGAGACUUGCCAGACCACUACAAAGAGGAAAAGUGGGGUUCAUUUGGUUCCAAUGCUACCUCUGAGAGGAUACUUGCAUGUGGAGAAUUGUUCAAAUCAUGUGCCGGUGGGCUUCAUUACAAAUGAUGAGUACCAGAAUCUUCUUUCACUCUGGAGAAAGGACAGCAAUGCAUACCAAAAAGUUGAAAGUGGUAUUAGUAAUGAACUAGGAGCCUUUGAAGCUGCCCGGAGGAUAAAUGCCCUUCGACGUCAGAUUGUUAGUCAUAGGAUCUCCCGCAAAUGGUCUCGGGUCCGUGGCGCAUGGUUUGGCUACAACAUCAAUAAUCCAACUGCUGCCAUUGGGACGGAAAACUUGCUUGGUUUGUCUAUUGAACCCAAGGAUUUCCGAGAUAUUCCGAUAUCUAGUACAUUGGCAAGAUCAAGGAAACAGAUGUGGGGGUCCAAACCGGAGCUUGGGAUGCUCUGGGGCCAAGCCGAAAUGGAACGACAAUUUGAAAUGCGAUCAUAUCUUGCGCAAAGAACCAAUCCAUUCUUCUGGUGGGAAGAUUAUGAUCUAAACAUGGAAAGCAAAUUGUUUGGUUUAGACAUUACGACGAUUCUCAAAGUAGGCGACUCAUUACAAUUCGGGACCAAGUUCUUGGUUAGUCGAGGCUAUGGAAGGCUUUCGAUUGACUCGGCAUAUGCUCUUUUACUCGAUGUGAUGACAGACACUAAACGGCCACUGCCAUGGAUUGAGUCUUCAGAGAGGGCAUGGUUUUAUCGGCUAUCUGACGGAUUAUACGAGCGACGACUUCGCCGGCUGAGUCAACUCAUUUCCAAUCGGAACCCCCAAAAAAACCCUUUUUCUGCAGAAAUACUGGCCCAGAAGAUGGAUGGAAAUUACUUGAGCAGUGCUCGCGGAUACCGAAUGGGCGAAGAGUUGCUUUGGGUUGAUCAAGGACGCCCGUUGGAUGAAUUGUUGGAAAACAUGAAAAACAGAAACCCGGCGGUCUCUGAUCCAAUGCUGGAUCUUCCUGAACCAGAGCAGUAUCCAACAUGGGAGGAAUUCAAAGAUAUACUAGCUACAAGUGCUCAUUAUUUCUGGUUGUCGUUUAAGAACAUCUUUGGAUGA